CUCUGGCCUGAAACAGAAUCCACUAUUAGCUGACCAACUGUUGACUCAUCCGUCUAUGGAAGGAAUUCCUCUCCUGGACACUUACCCGGAUGUAGACCGAAUAACAAGGUACCCGUCGUUAGUGUCAGUGAAUGUGCCGGUAGAUGACGUCACUUCCACUUUGGUUCAUCUGUUGACCCACCUACGCUGGAGUUACGUUCAGGCCGUUUAUCUAAACACGUCUUAUUUCUCCGAGAUUCUGGAUCGCGUGAAUACCGUGGCCGGACGUGCAAACAUCUGUGUGCUGAAGUCGUUUCCAAUCAACAACAACAUGACAACAACACAGAUACUGAAAACGAUACAGUCGUUGCAGACGGAAUACAACACAACCGGAAUCGUGUUGCUGAUGGAUACCUCACUGACUAACCGAUUCAUUGAAGUUUUGAAGACACGGAAAAGCUUGAAAUUGUUUCAUUUCAUCACCCUUGGUAACUGGGAUGACACGAGUGUAUCCCCUAUGUUAGGUACACUUACAAUAAGCCGGGAAUGGAACCAUACACACCUAGCAGCAUCUGAGAGAAACGGCACAUCGGAGGUCCCUUCAUUAGAGACAGCUUUACGGCUUCUGCUGUAUGGAUUGGACCUGGCAAAGCAUGAUAUUACAAACUGUAUUGCGAGAAACACUACCGAUGUCCCUUAUAUAUGUAUUCGGCAGUCUCUACUGGGAGUAUUUCGUGACAACAUGAGGAAUAUUUCUGUCUACAGCUACCAGGGGGACAACUAUACAAAGGCCUGGGUCAAAACCAUGACUGUUGCUGAAAAUGAAAACGAGAUAGCAUCGCCUUUUGUUUUCUACGACAAAGACGAUAAGCCCACUGGUGGUCGUGUUGUUUCGACAAGUCAGCCUUGGCGCUGGGAAUGUCGAAAAUACAUAAUGGAGGACGUGUACGCCUCCCAACGUGCGGAUGUGUAUCUACUUGCUGUAUUACCAGUUCACGAAGCUGCAAACACACCAAAUGGAUGUGGUGACCUCAACCCUGACCAGGUUGUUUUUACAGAAGCAGUUUCUUACGGAGUUGAUAUCAUCAACAAUAACACAGCAAUUCUUCCCGGUCUUUCCCUCGGUUACAUCAUGAUCGACAGUUGUUCCUUUGCCGACCGUACGAUAUUUCAAAUAGAUCAGAUGUAUAGUGCAAAUACAGAGAAAGGAAUUGAUUUUCAUGUAGCGUCCCAAAUGUUUGGAGCUGUCGGCUUCACUCGUUAUAACGAAUACGCACCUUUGGCAGGUUAUCUUCAUAGUAAAGGUCUACUAACGAUUAGCGCAACAGCAUCCGACUCCGAAUUCAGCAACAAAGAAAUAUAUCCUGACUUUAUGAGAAUGGUGCCAGACCAACGGGAGGAAAUAAACGUGAUGUUUCAAAUACUUAAACUCCUUGGAGUCAAGUACAUAGGGAUUUUGCAUACCGAUGUACAUCCCAAUGACGUAAGCGCUAUUGAAGCAAUGGAGGCAGCCAACACUUUUGAUAUAUCAGUCGUCUACAUAGUGCGAAUAACGGAGGAAGUCGGUCAAAACGAUUCAGAUAUGGACUACUUAGUUGAAACAUUUAUUGAAAGAAAUAUUAAUUCAACGACCGUAUUGAUGACAUUUGCCGAGGCUAGGGAAUUAGUGCCAUUGUUUAGAGCGAUGAGGAGACGACAUGUUCAAAACGUUAUUUGGAUUGGUGGUAAUUCGUGGUUCACUACUUUACACGUCGACGAUUUACUACCAUUUGCUAAACUGUUACCCUGGGCGUUCGUGGUAGGAAUUGCAACAUAUCCUGUUCCAUCGUUCAACCGACAACUUACUCAAAUGCAAAGCAACAACCCUACCAAAGGUGUUUAUAUGGAUGAGCUUUUGAAUCUCAUGUCAACGUGCCAGAACCAAACUGACAAAGACGAGACUGACAAUAUUUGUAACAAGUUACAUUCCGACAUGUUUAGUCACAACGAUGCUUACCUUAUCAUUGAUUCCAUAAAGGCACUUGCUGCAGGUUUGGAUGAGAUUAUACAUAAUAAAUGUCCUUUAGGAGACUUCUGUGCAGAUGCAAAGAGCCAUUUAGCAAGUCGACUUCGGAACAAUAUACUCCAAUAUCACUUCUCGGGUUCAACUGGAAAGAAUAUCCGUUUUGAUAGCAAAGGAAAUGGACCAGCAUCAUUUGGAAUCCACCGGGUUGUCUUUGAUGAAGAGCAAAUUAGCAUUGAAUACCAGAAUGUUGGUGCCUUUGAGGACGGCUCGCUCAGUGUAUCCAGUGAUCUUUCGAUUUUGUCGUUAAAUAUAAGGAAAUCAGACUGCAGCUCUGAUACAUGUGCACACGUCCCACCUGAGAUUUUCGGUAAACCCUACGUGUACAUAGACGGUGAUCCAAUGUUGUACGGCUUUGUGAAGCUCUUUCAACGCGAAAACGAUGACACGUGUUCCGGGCGAGUAAACAAUAAUGGGUAUCAAGUAAUGGAAUCGAUGGUUUGGGGUGUAACUGUCAUCAACAACAGCACCACUUUGCUACCAAAUGUGAAGCUUGGUUUAGCUGUAUUCCCCACCUGUGGUGUCGCCACAAGGACAAAAAAUAUCGUACAAAGUGUCCUGUUACCAAACUUAGUACUGCCUACAAAAAGACUACGUCCAAAUACAACCAUUCUCGGGAUCGUCGGAGGCGAAGCCGUAGGAGAGGCUAUCUCUAUUGAAACGGCAACGCGUGAAGUAGAUGUCGAAAUACCAGUUAUAAUAUCGUCGCGGGCUGAUGUAAGCGACGGCCAACCACAUCCACGUCUGUUCAGAACGGUGCUCUCUCCAUUUGCAGAAAUGGACUAUAUUCUGGAACUAAGCUUGCAGUUACGAUGGACUUACAUCCAUGUAGUUUACGAUCCUUUUAUGGAAAGCGUUGUCAAAUAUCUGGGAGAUAUAUUUAAAGCAAAUGGAAUAUGUAUAGCAAGCCGAAAUAUAUUGGAAAAAUCAGCCUCGUCUGAAGUAACGCGGUCUAUACUGGUCAACAUGACGGAAGUAGAGGGCGCUACUGCAGUUAUUCUCGUUAUGCCACCAAAUAACGCUAAGCAAGUACUAACGGUGGCACGAGUAUUAUAUCUGUUAGGAAGGCUAUUCUUCGUGCUCCCGUUUGAAGUGUAUGACUUGGAGAGCUAUCUAUCAGAACAAGACAUAGGCGUGCUUUCGACCCGCAAAGCUGUUCAAAUAAAUGACCAAUUCAUGAACUACUUUUUAAGCCUUAACAUUAAAGACAAAGCAAAUGAUCCUUGGUUUGCUAAUUUUUGGCAGCAAUCAAACGCCUGCAAUUUGCGGUUAUCUAACACCUAUGCCAAAGAUUGCUCGAAUUCAGAACGUCUGUCUAGAAGUAACGUCAUUCCAAGUCCAUCCAUCAACGGCAUCUUGGAUUCAGUCUUCUCCUUGGGGCAUGCACUCCAUGGUCUACUGAGAGAAUGCAAAACGGAUAAGUACGAGUGCAUUAAAGGAGACCGAGCUAUAUUUUACAAUAACAUAGAACGGUAUCUCAGUGCAGUGAACUUCACGUCACCGGGAGGUACACCGUUUAAGUUCCGGGACAAAAACACCGCUUCCACAGCUCUGAUAGUAACAAAUGUUCAGAAGAGUCCUGACGGAGGAAUCCGACUAGUAGACGUUGGUAAUUUUGAAAGCGGAAAGCUUACACUUGAUAUGAGGAAAUUGAGUUUCUAUAGAAAUGGGUUACGUGUCAUGCCUGCCUCUGAUUGUCUUGGCGACUGCCGGAUCUGCUUGGAACCCGAUUUUGUGAAUGCGUAUGACGCUCGAGUGACGUCAUUACGAUCAGCUGGCCCUAUUCUGGAACAUAAGUUUUUUACUGCUCUUGGUGUUAUAGAUAUUCUCCUGAUCUUCAUUUCAUUUAUGUUUAUUACAAUAGCCUCCUACUUUCUAUGUAAGUUUUACAAACAUAAAGUGUUUAACAUCUGUGCUGAUGCUGAUACUGGAAUUCUGAUUGGCUGUUCAAUUAUGACGUUAUCUAGCUGCUGCCAUCUCUUCUCACAAACCAAACUGAUGUGUACUUUACAGGUCGCUGCUCCAGCUCUUUCAUACGCCAUAAGCAAUGCUUCUCUGAUCGUGAAAAUCAACAAGACAGUAUGUUUACGUUCGUAUCUUGGCCUGCAACAAAGCCGUGUACCGCGAUGGGAUUUUGCUCUGACUUACAUACCGUUGCUAUUGGUUCCCACAAUAAUUGCGUUCUUCAAGUGGAUGCAGAGUGACGUCAUCAAUAUCAGUUCGACUGUUCCUGGCAUACGGGAAAUUUCUAAUGUGGACGAAGUGACCAUCACUUGGCGUUGCAGUUUUGAUAAGGAAAUAUACUCUGUGUAUAUGACGACAUUUUGGUUCGUGAUAAUAGAAGUUUUCAUUAUCACGUUUUCGUAUAAACUGCGUAGUAAAGAGGAACCGGAGGUUAAUCAGGUCAUGUGGUCUUCUACAAUAAGUCUAGUGCUCAUCGCUGUUUGUACGUUGGUACUGAUGCUGACUGGUGACGUAGAGAUAUAUGAUAUAGUGAUGUGCUUUGUGUUAAACAUUAACUCGAUGGUGUUUGUGUGUGCUAACUUCCUUCCUGCCGUUCUGCUAUUAAUGACUGAGGAACAAAGGGAAGAGCAGUUUAUGCAUAUGAUGACAAAAGACAGAGUUACACGCAUGGCAAAGUUUUGGCAGGAAAACAAAUCUAAUAAACGCCGUGAAAAGGAAAAUACAGAUAAUGUCGACAGAGGAGAUGAAAAAACAACAAGUACCGCUUCCUUAUGGAAACACGGAAAACAGUUGAGUUUGAAACAAUCAACGACAUCGUUUGGAGAAGCCUAAUUGACAUCUCGAAAGAAACUCUUUGUCACAAAUCACAUGACCUAGCCUAGCAAAAUGACACAUAUGGUAUGUAAUAUGAAAAUAUUGCUUCAAUUAUCGUGCACGAGAAUGCACGAGAACAAAAGGAUUUUAAAUUAAGAACAAAAAUGUACAUUGGACACUUUCGAUGACGCUUGAAGAAAUUAAACUAUCCAAAGACAGAUAGAAAACAAUUUCAUAAUUAAAGAUUAUUUCUUGAUACAUUUAUAUUUUUCUGAACGCAAUCUGGUUCAUGUGGCAUCGCUUACACGAUAUAUGGAAUAUAAAGGUGCACAAUCAGAAAUAAGCAUACCAUAUCAUUUCACUUUGGUUCUGAAAUCAAAAUCACAGAAGUAGAUUAGAUACCAUAUGUUCUGACAUAUACUAUACUCUGUUCGAGGAUUGACCCGGAUUAUUUGCUGUGACGGAAGUUGGUGGGUGGCAUUGGAUAAUGCUUCUAGUUUGUUGUACAAUAAUGUAGCUCUUAGCAGAGAUGUACGAACUUUUUGUAAUACCGGUCACGUAAAAACCGUAUGCAAUAUUCAGUUAAACUUUGUCAGUUUUAUGUGUGUUCAUUAAAUAAUUAAUUUUAAAUACUUUGCAAUUUCAUAUUUAAUUUGCUUAAAUUGUGCAAGAUGAUUCAGAUAGAAACACACUUUGUGUAAUGGUGUGUUGGCGGCAAUUAUAAAAACUUGACUUUUGCUAUCGUUCAAUAAUACCGCUUAUUGUUCUCUUCAUUUGUGUCACUGAUUGUAAAAAUUACAUUUUUAUUUGUAGGAGUGUUAGUACACAGUAUACACGGGUACAUUGUACAUCUCAGGAGAAACUUGUGACACUCUUUAAGAGAAUAGCUCUAGGUAUUUACUCGUAUGGCUUUGAUGAAUUAUCUGAACUCUGAGGUGCUUGUAAUUAUAAUAAUGGGAUAACCGUAUAUAGCGGAUUUGUUUCACUUCAUAUUAGAUUUAUGAUACAAGAUUUUGGAUUUUUCAUUUUCACGAGCUUCUGGCGAACAAAUA